AUGACAAAUAAUGCCGCUGCUGCCAGACGCCCGUCGGACAAGGGCGCCAACUUUCGAGGACAGCUCGGCCGGUUUCGUCUGAACCCAACGGUUUCCUCUUCACAGGCACUGACGUCGUCGUUGCAAGCACAACCAAGUAAUGGCCAUCCCACACCCGUCACUUCCCAGCGACCGGAACCGAGUGCGAGUUCAGUUUCGUCGAAUAGUACGGCAACGAUAAGAAGACGCGCAUCGAGGUCGGACAGUCCAGAGACGGGUAUUGCGGGAAAUGAUCGGGACGGGCAUAUCUCGAAAAGUAAACGAGUCUCGACGGCGUGCGAGUUUUGCAGGAAAAGGAAGAAGAAAUGUGAUUUUCAAUACCCGAAUUGUUCAGCCUGCACCCGCGCCGGUGUGGUGUGCACCGUACUCACUCUCGGCCAAUCCGUUGCGCAUCAACCGGUGCCUAGAGAUCAGAUAGAGAACCUAGAAAAACGAGUGGAAUGGUUGGAGGAAUUGUUGCGGGCACAGGCGAACAUAGAUGUGACUGGCAAGUCAACGGGCUCUACGGUUGAUGAACAACAGUUGGAAUCACCGGUUGCAGAGCAGUGGUAUAAUGUCCCUAUCAUGUUGGCACAGCCACGAGCCGGGAUUGGAUUGACAGCUGCGGAUGACACAACUGAUAGCGCCAACGCGACAAAUAGUCCGACGACGCUGCCAUCUCUUGAUGCUGGGCAGUUGCCAAACAUUGCAGAAAUCUUCCGCGAUAAACUAGAAAAUAGACGAAGUAUUGUUCCACGACCUGCGUCGUCGGUCAUACCACCCGUGCGUCGGUUAUCGUCAUGGGACGAAGCGGAGCAAUUGAUCAGCAAAUAUUUCGAAGGAAUAGGAACACAGUAUCCAUUUAUACAUAAAACCGAGUUUAUGCGGGGAAUGAGAGCCAUUUAUCAAAACAAGCCCGUUCCGCCGGACGUGCAGAAUUCAUAUCACAUCACCAUGGCUGUGGCUCUUCUAACGACUGCCUACGAUAUCCAACAGGCCACCGCCUUUUAUCGAAUUGCAAGGGAGACACUGACUCCUACACUGCAGAAUGAAGACCGAGUAUCGCUUCAAGCACUUUUAAGUCUAGCUUUGUAUUCCUGUUCAUCCCCCGCAGGGCCCAGUGUCUGGCAAGUAUUGGGUACAGCCAUGAGACUCGCCACUAGUCUGGGCUUGCACAAGGCGCGACCAGCCUCAACGUCAACAAAGGACAUGGUUGAUUAUGAAAUGGACAAACGUACCUUUUGGAGUCUUUACAAUCUCGAUCGACUAAUCUCCGUCACACUUAGUCGGCCGUUGGGAAUUUCGGACGAUGACAUUACAGUAGAUAUUCCUAUUGAAUAUGAUGAAAAUUGGGUUGAAGCACCUCGAAAUUGUCAGAUGUCGAUAUCUGUUCAGGUGGUCAAACUGCGUCGGAUUUAUUCAAGGAUAUAUCGCCGUUUCUACAAUCCACAUGCUAAAUCUACCGGUGAUAUGGUCUCCAUCUUACAAGGGUUCGUACAAGAGCUCAACGAAUGGCGCACGUCCGCACCAGUUAUCCAGACUUGUCUGCAUUACUCAACCGCCUAUUACGACUUUCUUUAUUACGGAGCUUUGCUACUUCUCUAUCGCCCCUCUGUUCUCAAUCCGCACCCAGACAGCAACUGCAUCAUAGGAUGCGGUGACGCCAGUAUUUUGAUCAUUCAGUCCUACUGGGACAGCUACUCAGCCAACAAAAUCAAAUGGCUGUGGAUUACAUUAUGCCAUAUAUACUCGGCUGGUGUCACAAUGCUCUGGUGUCUAGAGCAAGACAUCCGAGCUACACGACAGGGCAUGUCACCUUUAUGGGGUAAUACACGGGUGUAUUCAUCCCUCGAAUUUGUUCACACUCUGCUCGACGAAUUUUGCACAAAACGAAAGGGCGCAGACCGACUAGCCAUUCAAUUCAAAACUCAAAGCCAAGAAGUCACUCGACGCAUGGCGCAAGCAACAGCCGAAUUACAACGGCAACAGCAGCAGAUGGAAUCUGCGCAACAACAAAUGCAACAACUGAUUUACAUUCCGACGGCCGUUGAUCCGGUGAUGAUGGUUCAUCCAAUGUUUUAUAGUUACGGAUGGGCCGGGCAGGAAAUUGCAACUUUCUACGGUCUAUAG